AUGGAGCAACCACAGUCGAAGUACUCGAACCAGCGAGUUCCUGGAAAGGAACAUAUUCCCCUUUACCCUAAAGGAUUCGUUGCCAUCCGCAUUAUUCAGUUAAUUUUCGGCAUUAUAUGUUUGGGAUUAAGCGCUUUCGGUAUCGUCUAUCUUGUUUUUGCAGGAGAUGCCCUGACGCUUUUUACCUCUAUUGCGACUAUCAUCACUAGUAUAUAUUGUCUCGUCGCCCAUUUCGGUCCCGCGAAGGCUUAUAACUACUGGGCAAUACUUGGCUUGGAUAUAUUCCUUGUUAUCUUCUGGCUAAUUUCAUUUGCCAUCCUUGCUGCUCAAAUCGCAUCCGCGUUCGCUGAAUAUAACGCAUACAGCGACUACUAUGACGGCUACUAUGAUUUUAGCGAGUACGAUGCUAUAGUUAAUACGUAUGGCGGUAGCUUAGCUGCUGCUGCAGGUUUAGGUGGUGUAGAAUUUCUUCUCUAUGUCAUCUCACUUUCGAUCCACGGCGUCAUGCUACACCGGCACCGAAAGGCCGGUCUCAAGGCCAUGCCCAUUCACGGGGCUCCCAGUGGUACAGGUGCUGGCGUUGAACUGGCCGGCGGAGAGAAAUUUCAGAUGCAGCCUCAACCUGCGCAAGUCUAUCAAGAACCCAACCCUAUGGCUGGGCAUCCUCCGCCUCCCCAGGGAUACUAUCCGCCGCAGUCGCCGUCCCCGCUCUCUUCUCAGCCCACAGGCAGUACUUAUGUUCAGCCCCAGCAGAUGGGAAACCCCGGUCAGCCUAUCUACGAGGCUCCUGGUCAAGCCCAACAGUAUCACGCUGCUCAGUAA